AUGAAGUUGUCGCUCAAUAUUAUGGCUGUCAUGGCCAGUUUGACCAUGAUUUGCACAGCACAGUCCUCGUUAAUCCCCAGGGGUUCAUCCGCCGCUCUUUUAGCGGCCGCAGAAGCAUCAUAUCCGACUUGCUCGCUAAAAUGUAUGGCAAAAGCUAUUCCUACGUCUGGAUGUGAUGCGACAGAUGUGGUGUGUCUUUGCACAAACGCUGAAUUACAAGAGAGCAUCACACUCUGCGCGAUGCAAAGCUGUACUGUUUUUGAACUUUUAACUACCAAAAAUGUUACCGAGACCAUGUGUAGCGCACCGGUACGGGACAGGAGGAAAGACGGCGAGUAUAUUGGUGUUAUUGGAGGUUGUGUUGCCUUGCUAGCCUUCUUUGGACGGUUGCUGGCUACCGUUCUGAAAGUAAGGCAAUGGGGUAUGGAUGACUGGGCAAUGUGUGCUGUUGUGGCUUUGGCGACUCCUCCAACUGUUUUCUCUGUCAUCUUGGCCAACAAUGGUCUCGGAAAAGAUAUGUGGACAUUGACAGCUGAUGAAAUCACAACUGUUUUAUUUUACUAUGUUCUCGGCGAAUGUUUCUAUCUUGCCGCAAUGGCCAUGACUAAAGUUACAUUCUGCCUUCUUUUUCUUCGAGUAUUUCGCGAGAAGCCCUUCAUCUAUUAUGUUUGGGGCACACUCGGACUUUCUGUUGCCUAUGGUGUUAGCUUUGUGGCAGCAACAAUCUUCCAAUGCUGGCCGGUUAGCUAUGGAUGGCAUCAAUGGGAUGGCUUGCACACCGGAACUUGUAACAACAUCCAUCUCCAAGGAUGGCUAAGUUCUAUUAUCAACAUCGUUUUGGAUAUUAUAGUUAUUGGCCUGCCAUUGAAAAAACUUUCUCAACUGGUCAUGUCUCCAACCAAAAAAAUAACUAUUAUGUUUAUGUUCUCUUUAGGACUAUUCGUUACUGCAGUAAGCAUCAUACGUCUUCAAUCACUCAUUCAAUUUGCCAACACAACAAAUAUAACCUGGGACUACAGUCCAGCGGCAUAUUGGAGUACUCUCGAAAUGCACGUUGGCAUAUUCUGCGGGUGCUUGCCAGCAUUACGACCUCUACUGAAUAUGAUAAUGCCAAAAUUACAGACAACUGCCGCAGUGAGCACUCAAAGAACUGCGGGGACAACUGGCAAGAGAUCAUUCAUGAGCUCUAAAGCUUCAGCGCCGAAGAGGACCGAGAAGGGUGACUUCAUUCCACUUGAUGAUGUCGAUGCUUCGAGCACAAAGUUCUUGACCAGUCCUCAUUGCAACGCUGUCUAA